ACUAUCGCAAGACGCGAAUAGAAACAAUUCUAUUCUCGUUCUGAUGUCUUGAUCAAAUCUCAAGCAUAUAGAAUCUGUACAAAUGUCAGAAGGAAGAUUCUUUCUUCAAUAGCUAGGAGCAAUGGUGCAUAUAUGCUAUAUCGGAACCACAUAACGCUUACUCGAAUACCGAAAAUAGCAUCAAUCGGCGUCCUUGGAUUGAUGUGAGAACGUUUGACAUCAUGGAUGAUGGAAAGUAUAUAAACCAGAAGGUUCCGAGGAUCUUUCGAAAGCACGAAAACCAUAUUCCCCAAAACUCUCCAACCCAAUCCAAACUUCUUCUUUUACCCCAAACAUAUACUCUCAUUAUGCGUUCGCACUUCACUCUUUUAUUCACAUUCACGGUAAUCGCUCUUGCCGUCGUAAAGGCAGACGAUUCAGCAAACAUUCAAGCAUCAGGUGGUGGUGGUGCGGAUGGCAAUGGCGGAAAGACUGGCGGUGGGGUUGACGGUACAGUCGGAGGAGCAGGCAAAGAGAUUAAAGACGUUGCUGAUAAUCCGUUUUCAUUCUUUGAUGGUGGUUUGUUUGGUGGUGGUAAAGGAAACGCUAAUGGCGGCGGUGGCCUAUUUGGCGGUGGCGGUGGAGAUGCAAAUGGGAAAGCUGAUGACAAGGCAAAAGUGAACGCCGAUGCGAAUCCCAGUGUUAAUGCAAAUUUAGGUGCCGAUGGAAAGGGAAAGGGAGGCUCUGAUGAUAACGCAAAAGUCGAUAUUGGUGGAGGUGGAAAGGGAGGCUCUAAUGAUAAUGCAAAAGUCGAUAUUGGUGGAAGUGGAAAAGGAAUCGAUGCAGAUUUGGGUGGUGAUGGAAAGGGAAAGGCAGGGUCUAAAGAUGGUGCAAACAUUGACAUUGGCGGAAAAACUCCGGGUAUUAAUGCAGACCUAGGCUCUGGUGGUAAAGCAAAGGGCAAUACCGACGCAAACGGAAAAGUUGGUAUCGAUGCAGAUGCAAAAGAUGACAAAGAAGCAAAAGAUAAAGCUGACGCAAAAGCAAAAGCGGACGCUAAGGCGAAAGCUGAUGCCAAUGCAGAAUCAAAAGAGAACACAGAUGCAAAUGUAAAGCUGGGUAUUGAUGGAAAAGGUGGUGAUAAAGCAAAAUCACCACCACCACCAAAGACAAACACUGAUGCAAAUGGUAAAGCGAACACAGAUGCAAAUGUAAAAUUGGGUAUCGAUGAUAAAGACGGCACUGGUGCUGGCGCAAAAGCACCACCACCACCAAAACCAAAACCAGAACCAAAACCGAAGCCAGCACCAAAGCCAGAACCAAAACCAAAGCCAGCACCAAAACCAGAGCCAAAACCAAAGCCAGCACCAAAACCAGAACCAAAACCAAAGCCAGCACCAAAAGCAAAAACAAACACCGAUGCCAAUGGAAAAGACAAAGCAGACGCAAAUGCAAAAGUGGGUAUCGAUGCAAAUGCUGGCGAUCAUACUAAAGAAACAACUUCACAUUCAUCGAGCCAUAAUACCACUCACACAAGUGAUGAUGAGCCAAGUAUGGGUGCAGGCGUGAAGGAACAUGCUCAUCAUCAUAAUGGUACACAUCACCAUCAUGACCACCAUCAUCAUGGCAAAAUGGAGAAACAUAGAAAGCCACAUCAUAUGGGAGAUCACGCUCAUUCAUCAACCGGUGCAGGCGUACACGAUUCGCACAAAAAUCAUACUUCGACUUCGGAAUGUGUUUGUGAUAAGAAUGGAAAAUCGACCGGCAAUACUACCGCAACAGCAGAUGUCAAGGCAGAUACUUCAAGCAAUGUUCACACCUGAAACUCCUCUUUAUUAGACUAGAUCGCUCUCUCUCUAUCCUCCCAUACCACCAUGUCUAUUUGUAUAUACUCUACUAACGGAU